AAUCACGUUGCAGGUAACUUGUAUGAUGGCAGCCUAUUGGCUGCUCACGGCAAGGUCAUUGUCAUUACCCUCAACUAUAGGCUCGGACUUUUGGGGUUUUUUAGCACGAUGGACAGUCACUCGCCCGGCAACUUGGCCCUUCACGACCUGACGGCAGCCCUCCUCUGGCUGCACCACAACAUCCGGAACUUCAGGGGCGACCGCAACAUGGUGACUUUGAUGGGGCACGGGUACGGAGCCUCCCUGGUGCACUUGCUGAUGAUUUCCACCGUGAAUAUGGGUGGGUGGAAUGACUGA